AUGGCGCUGCAGCUUCCGGCCGAGUUGUGGCUGAAGGUGUUCAGCUUUUUGUCCUGGAGGGACAAACUGAGCAUGCGCUGCACCUGCUCAUACUUCAGACACCUGCUGGAUAAGUCCCGCCCCCUGUGGAGGGGCUUCAGCGUGGUGCUGCAGAACCUCUCGCGCUAUAACCGCUCGUUCUGGCGUAGCCUGGCUCAGAGGCACGUGGGCAACGUGCUGCUGCGCUCAGGUAAGAGGAAGCACCUGAAGCAGCUGCACGCCUGGCUACCGUCGCUCUGCGGCCUGCGACUGGACGACUGGAGAGAAGGGGGCGUGGAUGAUCUCAGACUGUUCCGCCAGCUUCAGCGACUGUCCGUCACUUCCUGUUCCAUACCGCUGAGGAACCUGGACUUCCUGUUUCCUCUGAGUCAGCAGCUGACGCAGCUCAGCCUCUGUAACGUGCAGCUCACCUGUUCUGCCUCUCACCUGUUGGCCACCGUUGGUCAGUUGACGUGUCUGACCUCGCUACUGCUGCACCACGACGGCAGCCUAAGGGUCCCGUCCCUCAGCGGUGUCCUCGCUCACCUGAGCGAGCUCACACACCUGUCCUGGACCAUGAUCACCUACAGGACACUUCCACACGACUUCUUCAGCCCCGCCCACCACACAGGUGACGCCGCAUUGCAGCUGCUGGACUUGCAGCUGCUGAAUUAUGACGCCAUGGUGACACAGGAAACGCUGCAGCCUUUGUCCCGCCUCCGUAGCCUGUCAGUGUUCCACCUGUACUCCGUACCUGGACCCACCUGUCACCUGCAGACGUGGCUGACGUCACUGCCACACCUAACCAACCUCAGCAUCCACGGAGGCCACCCCCUGGCAUCGUACGCUGACUUCCUGCCCACCUCGCUGCUCAGCCUGACGCUGUGUGUGGACCUGCAGCCCAACGACCUGCAGGUGGUCUCCGCCCGGGCACCGCAGCUUGAGCAUCUUCACCUGGAGCCCUGGAGCUCGUCGUCCGACCUCAUCAGACUCCUCCCACAGCUGUUCCCUCAUCUGAAAACGCUGCGGAUAAGGCACCAGCACGUGUCUGACGAUGAUUUCCUGCAGCUGCAGCGACUGCGGCGCCUCGACACUCUGGAGGUUCUGGACUCGUACUACAGACCUGACCCGAGCGACCCAAGCCGGGUCAUCUUUGAGCCGAGUCCUCGUUUGCUGCGGCUGACCUCUGACCUGCAGAGACUGACCAAUCACAGAGUCAGAGUCAUCACCAGCUCACAUGGAGACCUGCUCAGCUGCCACUGUGUCUGACCAGUCCAUGGCUGUGUCCCAAUUCAGGGUCUGCACGCUUGAAGUACGCACACUACGCGU